AUGGUCGUAUCCAGUCUGAAUAAAACCGGAGCUCCAUCACUUGGGCUGCGAUCUCAGAGAUCCACCCAUCGCCUCAAUCAGAUCGAAAAACUCCGUGCCAAUGGUAUUGGCGAUCUGGUUGACUUGCCUCAACUUGUCGUCUGUGGUGAUCAGUCCGCUGGCAAAAGCUCCGUAUUGGAGGGCAUCACAGGCAUACCUUUUCCUCGUCAAGAGGGCCUCUGUACCCGAUUCCCCACGGAGAUUAUUCUCCGGCACUCCAAUGAGCCAUUCAAAGCGAAGGCCACUAUUCGACCACACUUCUCUCGCCCGCCCGGUGUUGCGCAAACCCUCAGCAACUAUGAGCGUGAGAUGAAGGAAGAUCUCUCCGACCUUCCCGUCGCCAUUGAGGAGGUCUCUAAGCUUAUGGGAAUACGCGGUUUUACCGAUUCUCCCGAUGAUGCCGCAUUUGCAUCUGAUGCUCUACGCAUUGAAAUUUCGGGUCCCACAGGACUACAACUGAGCAUUGUUGACCUACCUGGCCUUAUUUCGGUCUCCAACGAGGAACAGUCCCAAGCCGACGUGGAGGCUGUCCAUGCUAUGGUGAGGAGCUACCUCAAGAGCACCCGUACCAUUAUUCUUGCUGUCGUACAGGCCAGUAACGACUUUGCCAACCAAGGCAUUAUCAAAAUCGCCCGCGAGUAUGACCCAGACGGACAGCGGACUGUCGGUAUCAUCACCAAACCCGAUCUCAUCAAUGCCGGAGCCGAGGCCAAGCUCGCCAACAUCGCUAAGAACAAGGACGCAAUUAAGCUUAAACUCGGCUUCUUCCUUCUCAAGAACCCUAGUCCAUCUGAGAUGAAGGAUUACAGCCGCAACAACAAUCGCGCAGAGCGUGAGAUGAACUUCUUCUCUUCGCCAGCCUGGAAGGCCCAGAACCUUGACAUGAGCCGGGUCGGCAUUGAGAAUUUGAAAGUAUUCUUACAAGAGCUUCUGGACGAGCACCUCGAGGGGGAGCUGCCCAAACUGAAGGACGAAAUCAGACGCAAACUUGAUUCCUUUGAAAAUGAUCUUGAAGCUAUAGGUCCUGAACGACGGUCCCUCGGCGAUAUUCGAUCUUUCAUGACCAACCUCAGCAUGCGCUACUAUCAGCUAGCUCAGGCGGCUUUAGACGGGAACUAUCACUGCUCGGAAGCGGCCUUCUUCGAGAAAAAGAAUGGAAGCAGACUCCGCUCCUUGGUCCAUCAGCGGAAUGGUACUUUCGCGGCGAAAGUCCGUGAGCAAGGUCACAAACGCAAAAUCACUGACAGUCCACCUACGCCGCGGUCAGAGGAUGGCUCUAGCGGCAACAGCGGCCAGCUUCUUGUGACACGAACUGAGAUGGUAUCCUGGAUUCGUCAGACUUAUGUCGAGACCAGAGGACGUGAGCUUCCUGGUAACUAUAAUCACAUCUUACUCGCUGAACUCUUCCACGAGCACUCCAGUCCGUGGCGCAAUCUCGCACAAGAGCACGUUUCCACUGUUCUGGAUUGUGUCUCGAAAUGGAUCCAGCUUGCUAGAAAGACUGCGUUUAAGGAGCUUGAGCAAAUUUUCUUGGAUGAGGACCGUCAUCCUAUCACGUACAAUCACUAUUACACUGACAACAUCCAAAAGGCGCGCAACAAAACGCAGAAAUCACUGCUAGAGGACUCACUCGCCACAAUCGAUGUGCGCAGACUCAACACCGGCGACAGUGACGAUAGAAAGCUUCUCGUAAAUGAUUUGCAGCCCAAGCUAUGUGUCGAUAUGGAUCAGCAAGCAUGUGAAGAGGCCCUCGCAGGCCUCAAUGCCUACUACAAGGUUGCAAUGAAAACUUUCGUGGACAACGUGUGUAGACAAGUCAUUGAACGUCACAUAUUGGCUCCGCUGCCAGAGAUUUUCUACCCCACGACAGUCUCGCAGUUCUCUGACGAUGAGCUACUGCGCAUUGGGUCGGAGCCGGAGAAGGAAAUCGCUCGACGGCAGAGGCUCGAGGCGUCUGCUCAAGGCUUGCGGAGCAGUCUUCUUGAAUUGCAGUGCUUACCAGGUUAGCUCAUGUUUGGAACGGCGUCUGCGC